CGUGCGGAACGGGAGCGACUUUGCGUCGCGUGGUGUAACUAUACGCCAUGAAUUUAUAUCAAUAAGCACCAAAAAGUCUGGCUAAUUCUCCAAAAUGUUGUUUAGAAAAGAAGUGCCAUGGCGGCGACUGGAGGGCAUGUCGUUUGGCAUGUACUCUGCCGAAGAGAUAAGGAAGUUGAGUGUGAAGGCAAUCACAAACUCCAGGUUUCUUGAUGCUGUUGGGAAUGUGGCCCCAAACAGCCUCUACGAUUUGGCCUUAGGACCAGCUGACAGCAAAGAAGUGUGUUCAACCUGCUGUCAGGACUUCAACAACUGUCCAGGCCACCUUGGACAUGUAGAGCUGCCUCUGCCUGUAUACAACCCACUGUUCUUUGAUAAACUUUACCUGCUGAUUCGUAGUUCCUGUCUGUCAUGUCACAUGUUAACAUGUUCCCGAGCUGCCAUCCACCUGCUGCUGAACCAGCUGAAGUUAGUGGACCAUGGCGCCAUGCAGGACGUCUACCAGAUAGAACAAGUGCUCAACCAGCACCUAGAGCAGAAUCCCAAAGCCACUGGAGAUGAGAUCGAGCUGGUGCUUAAGGAGUUUACAGACAUGAUAGUUGGAGAGAACGCUGAUGGUUCAGAGAACAUCAAACCGAUCAAACACCUUGUUGAAAAGAAGAGUAGUCUGAUAAAUGACUUCUGGAAGAGCCACAUGAAGACGAGAAAGUGCCCUUACUGCAGGGGCGGCAGGUUCACGGUGCGCUGUGAGCAUAACAGUAAGCUGAUUGUCACCAUGCCAUCAGGAGCACAGAUCAGUGGAAAUACUGAUGAGAAUCUGAUGGCUGGAAAGAGGGUCUACCUGACAGCCAGUACUGCCAGAGAACACAUCAACAAGCUGUGGGAGGAAGAAGGGUUCUUCUUGAAGCAUCUGUUCUCGGGGCUGAAUGAGGGGGCAGUGUCAGAGGAGGGAGGGAAAGGUUUCUAUCCAGACCUCUUCUUCCUGGAGCUGUUGGUGGUCCCACCCUGCAGGUAUCGUCCAAUAAAUCGACUGGGCGACCAGAUGUUUACAAAUGGUCAGACAGUCAACAUGCAGGCUGUCAUGAAGGACUGUGAAAUCAUAAGGAAACUUCUGGCUCUCCUAGCAGGAGAGAAGACUCCUCAGGAGGGAGAGGCUCCUGAGCAGACAGACCAGACGUUUCUGAAGGGAAUUCCCGGACAGACACUUACAGAUAAACUCUACAACAUCUGGAUCCGACUACAGACCCACGUUAACGUCGUCUUUGACAGUGACAUGGACAAAAUGAUGACAGAGAAAUACCCUGGAAUCAGACAGAUCUUAGAGAAGAAGGAUGGAUUGUUUCGGAAACACAUGAUGGGAAAACGAGUGGAUUACGCUGCACGAUCUGUCAUCUGUCCAGACAUGUACAUCGGGACCAAUGAGAUCGGAAUACCAAUGGUGUUUGCCACCAAGCUGACGUACCCCCAGCCGGUCACUCCAUGGAACGUGAAGGAGCUUCGUCAGGCUGUUCUGAACGGGCCCAACGUCCACCCUGGUGCAUCCAUGGUGAUAAACGAAGAUGGCAGGAGAACCAUCCUAUCAGCUGCCAGCCUUGCACAGAGAGAAGCUGUUGCCAAGCAACUGCUAACGCCUUGUCCCGGUCCACAUAAGAUGCCCAUGAAGAUCGUGAAUCGUCAUAUAAAGAACGGAGAUGUUUUGUUACUGAACAGACAGCCGACUCUGCACAGAGCCUCCAUACAAGCCCACUGUGCGCGGAUCUUACCAGGAGAGAAGGUUUUAAGGCUCCACUACGCCAACUGCAAGGCGUACAACGCUGACUUUGAUGGAGAUGAAAUGAAUGCGCACUUCCCUCAAAGUGAGCUGGGCAGAGCAGAGGCCUACACGUUAGUCAGCACCGACCAGCAGUACCUCGUCCCCAAGGAUGGUAAACCUUUGGCAGGUCUGAUCCAGGACCACAUGGUAUCGGGUACGAGGAUGACGAUACGAGGCUGUUUCUUUACCAGAGUCCAGUACAUCGAGUUGGUGUACAGAGGACUGACUGACAAACCAGGGAGAGUUAAACUGCUGCCGCCGGCCAUCCUCAAACCACAGCAGCUGUGGACAGGAAAGCAGGUGGUGUCGACGCUGCUGCUGAAUGUAAUCCCACAGAAGGCUGUGCCUCUCAACCUGGUUGGCAAAUCCAAAAUCCCCAGCAAAGCGUGGAUCCAAGUCCCCCCACGAGCUGCACCAGGAUACAACCCUGACAGCAUGUGUGACUCACAGGUGGUGAUUCGUCAGGGGGAGCUGUUGGUGGGGGUUCUGGACAAAGCUCACUACGGCUCCUCAGCCUACGGUCUGGUCCACUGCUGCUACGAGCUGUAUGGAGGGGAGACCAGCGGCAAACUGCUCAGCUGUCUGGCUCGACUCUUCACUGCCUACCUGCAGCUUUACAGAGGCUUCACUCUGGGUGUGGAAGACAUCCUAGUGAAACCAGGCGCCAACAAGCAGAGGAAAAAAAUCAUUCAAAAAUCACUGAAGAUUGGCACCAAAGCCCUACAGGCUGCCUUCAACCUGCCCUCUAAUAUGGAUCAAGCUGAGGCUCAGAGCCGCUGGCAGGACGCUCACCUCAACCCAGACCAGAGAGACUUCAGCAUGGCCGACCACAAGUUCAAAGAAGUAGCCAACCAAGUGAACAACGAAAUCAACAAGGUGUGCAUGCCAGUUGGACUCCACACCUCUUUCCCCGACAACAACCUCCAACUGAUGGUCCAAUCAGGAGCCAAGGGGUCGACUGUAAACACCAUGCAGAUUUCUUGUUUGCUAGGUCAGAUUGAGUUGGAGGGCCGUAGGCCUCCACUGAUGCCUUCUGGGAAAUCUUUGCCGUGCUUCCAGCCAUAUGACCCUUCACCCGGAGCCGGGGGCUUUGUAUCUGGAAGGUUCCUCACAGGCAUCAAACCACAGGAGUUUUUCUUCCACUGUAUGGCCGGCAGAGAGGGACUUGUCGACACAGCUGUCAAAACAUCUAGAUCAGGAUACCUACAGAGAUGUGUCAUAAAGCACCUGGAGGGUUUGGUGGUGCAGUAUGAUCUGACGGUGAGGGACAGCGAUGGAUCUGUGGUCCAGUUCCUGUACGGUGAAGACGGACUUGAUAUCCCCAAGACUCAGUUCCUGCAGCCGAGACAGUUCCCCUUCAUAGAGGACAACUACGAGGUGAUCAAGAGGUCCCAGGGCCUGGACGAGGUUUUGGCACGUUUGGACCCUCAGACCGCCAGUCAACAUUUUGCGUCCAUCCAGCGCUGGAAAGCAAAGAGAGAGACAGCCUGUCCACGCAGAGGAGCAUUCCUGCUGUAUUCUCAGAAGAAGUUGGCCAAACUAAAACAAACUGAACAAGGAACAGAACCAGACGUCUGCGGUAGAAAUGCUGCCAUACAGCGGCUCAUGCAGCAGUGGCACUCUCUGGAUGAAUCCAGCAGAUCUAAAUACAGCAGGAAGUCAGCGCGCUGCCCUGAGCCCUCGCUGGGCUUGUUUCGCCCUGACAUCUGCUUCGGAUCAGUGUCUGAAAACUUUCACAGCAUCACAGAGAAAUACCUCCAGGAUGAAGGCAGGACAGGGCAGGACAGCCUGGACACACACAGCCUCCGGCAGCUGUUACUCUAUAAGUGGCAGCGCUCGCUGUGUGAGCCGGGUGAAGCAGUUGGUCUGCUGGCAGCUCAGUCCAUAGGCGAGCCCUCCACCCAGAUGACCCUCAACACCUUCCACUUCGCCGGCAGAGGGGAGAUGAACGUCACUUUAGGAAUACCUCGACUGAGAGAGAUCCUCAUGGUGGCCAGCUCCAACAUUAAAACUCCUAUGAUGAGCGUCCCCGUGCUGAACACCAAGAAAGCCUUGAAGAGGGCCAAGAUGCUUCGAAAAAAACUCACCAGAGUGUGUCUGGCUGAGGUCCUGCAGAAGGUGGAUGUAACAGAGACACUGCGGAUAGAAAAUCACCACAAGAUGCGGUCGUUCAGAGUCAUCUUUCACUUCCUUUCUCCUGAACGUUACUGUGAAGAUAAGCUGCUAUCUCCCCAACAGAUCCUCCGCUAUAUGGAAACCAGGUUUUUCCGUCUCCUGCUCGAAGCCAUUAAGAAGCGCAGCGCCAAGCUGGCCUCCAUCGCUGUGGAAACGAGGAAGGCCACGCCCAGAGAUAAGGACCAUGGUGCCAAUGGAACAGCCGGCACGGCAGGGUUAGAUGACGGUGAGGGAGAAGAGGAGCGAGAGAUCAUUGAUGACCAGGCCAACGAAGGAGACGCUGAUGCCUCAGAUGCCAAGCGAAAAAGCAAACAGGAAGAGGAGGUGGACUAUGAUAGUGAGGACGAGGAGAGAGCUGAUGACGGCGAGGGUAAAGAUGAUCAGGGGGAGAAAAAUGAGGAGGUGGAGGAGAAUGCGGAGACGCCGGAGAAUUCCCAGACAGCGUUUGUAGGAGUGCGAAUGGAGAAGAAGACGAAACGAGCAAAAGGAGGGGGGGGGGGAGAAGAAGGAGGAAAAUCUUUGAAUCAGAUGAGGGUGAAUUCUGUUCUGGAGUCGAACUCAGCGAUAGAAAGAUACUGCUACGAUCGUCAGCAUGAACUCUGGUGCGAGGUUGACCUGGUCUUACCGGUGAGCAAAGUGCACUUUGACCUGACUUCAGUCCUGUCAACACUGGCCCAGAACGCAGUCAUCAUGGAGACUGAAGGCUUGACACGCUGCCUACUGAGCGAAACUACAACAAAGACGGGAGAGAAAGAGACGGUCCUCAACACAGAAGGCAUCAACAUGCACGAAUUGUUCAAGCACAGUGAUAUCUUGGACAUCAACAGGCUGUACUCCAAUGAGGUCCAUGCCAUGGCUAAGACCUAUGGGAUUGAAGUGGCUCUGAAAGUCAUAGAGAAGGAAAUCAAAGAUGUCUUUGCCGUCUAUGGUAUCGAGGUGGACCCCAGACAUCUGUCACUGGUAGCAGAUUACAUGUGUUUUGAAGGCGUAUACAAGCCUUUAAACCGACACGCCAUCCGGUCCAACUCCUCCCCUCUGCAGCAGAUGACCUUCGAGACCAGCUACAAGUUCCUCAAACAGGCUACCAUGCUGGGGUCACAUGAUCAGCUGGUGUCUCCUUCAGCCUGCCUGGUUGUGGGAAAGGUAGUCAAAGGUGGAACAGGACUGUUUGAACUGAAACAACCUCUGCAGUAGAAGAGGAGUGAAGCAGUCAGAUUGGUGAGAUGUGACAAUAAGGAGCCUUCUUGUGGUUUAAUAUAAUCACAACACUGAAGUGUAUUCGUUUCCAAUUCUGUCGCUUGAACUGAAAAUGAGCACACACAAUAUAGAGAAAGCCAUAGGAGGCUCACUUUACUUGUCUGAUGAAUAAAUAACGAAUAAAAAGUUUCCACUUUAUGAUAUGGCAGUUGUCUCGUGCCAGAUAUUCUUUAUUUGUGUUUUGAAGAAAAUUGUUACAGAAUAAAUUGAUUUGAAAAUGAACGCGAUUUAGCCGUUGUAAAAUGACUAAAGCUCUCUGCAGAAGAUAAAUUAAAUCUGAGCAGCCGCUUUGUAUGCUAUAUUGUAAAAAGAUGCAUAUCCACUCAUGAUGCCAUUCUUAGAAGCAUGAAAUCAGGUAGAAAAGCAACCAUUUUCUCUUUGUA